GCAGCUGUAUACUUUCUAACCGGAAGUAGAGCAAGUCAAGAGCUCGAGAUUGUUUUUGUUUACAUUCAUAUCGAAAACAGCAUCCAUAUAAUUGCCUGUAAUCUGAGUGAUAUCUGGUUUUAAAACUUUAAUAAGCAAAAAAAUAAAUUACAAGCAAUAUAUGGACAUCUUUAAGCAAUAUACAAAAUAUUAUACUGGUUUUCAGGAAUAAAAAAUUUUUAAAAUUGAUAUUUAACUACCUUUUUAAUGAUCAACACUGAUUACGCGUUAUGUUUAUUACCCAUAAAGAUGUGAGCGCCAGUUCUGUGCAUAAAACCGGUCUGUUGUUAACUUCUCAGAAAAGAGCGAUUUAGGUCCAGUUGUUCUAAGAUAUGAAAGCUAUAAGUUAAGGGAAACUUCGGCAAAUCAUUUUUUGUGUUUUCCAUACCAUCACCUUGUUCAUACCUUCGUUGUUUUCAACGUUUACUUCUACAAUAUUAUUUAAUGCACAUACAUCCUCUACGAUCAUUCAUUUUUUAAAUAAGCACCUUAGAUGUACCUAUUUUUCUUUAGCUAAUUCUUAUACUUUAAUCACGAUGAAGGAUUUAAGGUCUGAACUUCUUGAAGAGGGAUUGUUGCAGCAUUUUACGUUACUUAAGGUUCAACUUGAUGAACUCGCUGACAGCUUUACCAGCAUAUUAGGAAAUUGCAAAACUAUGGAAAACCUUUCCCAUACUGAAAUUGAUAUGGAUCAUAUUAAAAGAAAGGUUGAAGAAAGUGAACAAGAAAAGACAUUCUUGAAACAGAAAGUUAGUCAGCUUGAGGCAGAACUUCAGAAAAUGAUCCAUUUGGUUGUACCUGAGGAGAUUCGAAAUAAUGAACAAUUACUGAAUGAUUAUUUGAAUAGACUUGUUCAAAAUCAGUCAUGUGAGGUAGAAAGGAAGAAUACUUGUAUAAAAAAGGAUGAAUGGUUACGAUCUUCAAAGAAAAACACUGAAAUAUCCUUUAUUGAAAAUGGGACAAUUCAGGAGCUGCCUUCCGGAAAUAAAGCCAAAAGAAGUGAUAGCUCAAAAUUGAUAGAAAAAACACCAUCCUCUUUAAAUCUCAGCUAUGGAAACAAAAGUAAUCCUCACCAUAAUACUGAUAUUGAAUUUCAUCUCAAUAUAAUGGAACCACUGUCACCAAUUAAAUCACCCCCUCGUAUGAGGAAGAAACUAAGUCGAUUAAAGAAACGUAAAUUUAACACAUUGCUUGUAAAUUCUGCUAGUGAUUUAAAUUCUCCAUUACAAAAGGAUUCUACUUCCUCUUCUUCUAAAACAUUGGUUGUUCCAAAUGAAUAUAAUUUAAAACAAAUUACUGCUAUUCCUUUUGAUGCACUGUCUUCUGAAUAUUCACAACUUAAGUACACCAAAAAAAUGAAGACAGGUAUUGAAACUAUUGGUGAACUAAAUCCAUCUAGUGAAAGUGAUGCAAUUCCUUCUUAUCAUGCUGUGAUGGUUAAAGAUGGUGAAAAGCAUGAACUACCUUUAAGUUCAAACACAUUUAACAAAGAUGGUGCUCAUUUACCUGAUAGUUCACCUAAAGAUCAACUCACCAGUUCACCUAAAAGUCAAUUUAUAAAUUCAUUUAAAGGUAAAUUAAAUUCAGUUACAGGUGCAACUUCUGCAUCUGAAUUUGGAAAGGAAAUGUAUUCAAAUUCACUGCAAAUAAAUAACGGUAGGAAUGAUGUUGAAAUGGGCUCUUCUUGUCACAAAUCUUUACACAUUUUGAGGACUAUAAAUGAAUCAAAAAGCGUGGUUACAGAACGGGAAGUAACAGAUAAUGAUGAGAUUUCAACUGUACCAAUUCUACCCAAUGAUCUAAUGGAAGUACAUUCUGAGUUAUCUCCAUCAGAGAGAUGGGAAAUCGACACUGUUGUUCUUUCACCUGGAAGCUGUCAUGAUUCACUUGAAGAAGAAUCAUCUGAACCACUGCUUACUUUGAGGAAAGAAUCCACUUUGCUUCAGGUCAAAGAAAACUCUAAGCAGGAGACAGGCAAAUCAAUUGUCCAAAAUCGCUUGACUGAGCAGCCUCAGAUGGAAAUUGUAACAAAUAUAGAAACUCCUUACAGAAGAAGUUUUAAACCAGAUGAUAAUUCUACUUUCCUAAAUAAAAGCCCCAAAUCAUGCAUGAUGCCUAAAAAGAAAAUUGCAAGAGUUAAAAACAAAAAGCUUAACAAACAAAGUUUAGUUGUUCAUAAUGUGACUAAACAGCAGUCUAUUACACUGCUUUCAAAAAAUGCCAGUUUCCUUCGUCCCCCCUUUCAUUUGAAUAAAUACAGCAAAAGCACUUGCAACACAAACAGUAAAAAAGUAAAAACAUCUUCGAAAUUAGUAAAUUUGGUAACUGCUAAAUCUAACAAUUCAUCAUUUGAAGAUAGCACUGACAUCCAAUCAUCUUCCAUUACAAAACAGAACAUGAAAUCAUUGUCACAAUUAAACCAAUCCCAUAAAAUUGAAUUUUCCACAUCACUGUUGAAAUCAUUUAGUAAAAUUGAAAAAAUUUUAAAUAGAAGAAGGAAUGCCAAAUCCAAGACUACAGUCCGUAAACCAAAAUGGAUGGCAAAAUCAAAAAAUGAUAAUAGCGCCAUAAUUGUAAAUGAUACAUCUCUUUCUAAAAACGUUCCAGAAAAAGAAUCAAAAACGCAAGCUUAUUCUCAGACUUCUGCUGGUGUAUCUCCAAUCAUGAAUAAACGCGAAAAUAUUGAAGUUACUACAAAUUCCUGCUUGGAAGAAGUUCCUGAGGAUAUUUCUAAUGAAGAAGAUGAGUUAGGUGUAAGCAAUACCUCCAAGAGUUUAUCUGAAAAAAAGUAUUAUAAUUAUGUUAGAAGGUGGAAGAGACCUGUAAGGAAAAAUUUUGCCAAAUCGGUCCCUGAAAUCAUUGCUAGUUGUUUUAGAAAAAUAAAGUGCUCUUUACCAUUUACUUGGAAACUUUUAUCAAGUACGAAAGAGUUAACUGAGGCAUUUAAAGAUAAAACAGUUUCACCUGAAAAUGAAUCUAUUGUAUUUUAUGUCUUGAAAUAUUUCUCACUGAUUGAAAAAUAUAAUCCUGUGCGUGAUUUUAAAAAACAGCAAGAUCCAUCUGUAUUUUUAUCCCCUUUUGAGGAAUGCGUUGUUAAUGUUUUACGUGACUUAGAAAAGUCGGAUGAGUGUUUUAAAGACUUGAUACUAUUGAUUGUGGUUAAUAUUCGUCAGCUGAUCCUUGCAGUGAAUAACUUGAGCCUAAAUGGUUCUUGUGCAUUUUGCAGAAUAUAUACAUUAAUUUGUAAAUCUGAAGCAAAUAAGCGAGAAGCGAUAUCUUUCUGUUGUGAUAUCCUUAAAGUUAACCACAGGUAUUCACCAAUGUUGAUAGCAACUAUCCUUGGUGUAUGGAAAGAUCUCUUGGAUAUUCCUUAUGAUGUUGCAGAGGAGGAAGCUGUAUUUUAUGGUUCUCUGCGUCUGAAGGCCCAACAACUGCCAACCAUUAAAGGUAGUAGGUUUAGUGGAUUGAAAAUAUCUGACUGGGAAUCAUCAAAAUGCAUAUUGGAAAAAUAUAUAUCGGCUAGUGUUGUAAGACCUAGUGUGGAUACUGUAGAUUUUCUGGUAAAGUCCAUCAAGGAAAAAUGCAUUGAAGGAACCUAUGCUAAGGAAUACUUGUUUACAACUCCAUUAGUUUUAUUUGCUGCUUACCGUGGAUGGUAUUGGGCCAAAGUAAACAUAAUCAAUAAAUACCUGAUUCCAUACAUUUGUAAUUCUGUUGAUUCUGUAAAGAAUUCAAGAACUCUUACUUUAUUUUGCAAGCUUUAUGCUGAGAUAUCAGUCUUUUAUCCUACAAGUGAGAAACCUGAAAAAGUUCUUAAGGAAUUAUUUGAAACUGGAAAAGAUGACAAAGAGUGUAAGUUUUUGCAAGAGUGUGCAGCUCCUUCCCUAAUUCAGUUGCUUCUUUCAAGAAACAAUCCCAUACCAGAAGACCUUCUAGAUUGGUAUAAAGAAAAUGAAAGCAGUCCAGCAUGUAUGUUUUUGAAGUUUCAUUUCAACAGAAGAUCAUUAUCCGACAAAACUGAUUUUACUGAAGAGGAUAUUUUGUAAAAUAUGCCAUAAUCAUCACCCUUAUUUCAUAUAUGCUUUGUCAAAAGUCAAAUCAUAAAUAUAUGUAUAUUAUGACAGAAACAUGAAUUCAGGUAAACCCUAGUUUUUACCAAAGCUGCUUGGUAAAAGGUCCGAAUUAUGCUUUAAUGGGAUUCCAUUUUGGCUUUUUACUAAGGAUUUGUUGUAGAACCUAGGAAUGACUAAUCCGAUUUGUAAAUAUAUGUAUAUUAUGACAAAAACGUGAAUUCAGGUAAACCCUAGUUUUUACCAAAGCUGCUUGGUAAAAGGUCCAAAGUAUGCUUUAAUUAUAUUCCAUCUUUGCUUUUUACUAAGGAUUUGUGGUAGAACCUAGGAAUGACUAAUCCCAUUUGUAAAUACUCCAUUUUACCAGUAAAACAUAAAAUUUACCAGACCUUGGACUUUCACUGUAACAUAUAACCCUUCCUCAUUAUGCAUCUUUCCAUAUUUUUACUUAUUUUAGCUAUUUUUUCUUAUUUAGCCUUUUGUAAAUCCUCUGUUUUAGCAGUAAAACCUAGAAAUUACCAGACCUUGGACUUUUACUAUAAGAUAUACAUAGCUGCCAACCCUUCUUCAUUUUGCAGGUGCUUUCCAUUUUUUUUUAGCUAUUUUUUCCGCUUUUACUCGCAGAAAAUAACAUUUUCCGCAUUUUAACCCACCUACCUGGUUGCUUGUAUUUUCUUUUAUUCAGAUUGCUUGUACUUUAUUUUAUUCGUUGAUCCUUUUGUAACAGCCUUAGGGAGCUCCCUUGAUAGCAAUUUUAUUUUUCCUUUGCUUAAUUUAUUUAACCCCUAAUGUGUAUGUUUUUUUUAAUAAAGUUUUGAUAAAGAUUCUAACUAUAUAUAUUUGGUCCGUCAAUACCGAUCUUCAUGUAUAUUCGUGUUGUAUAUUUUGUAAAUAAUGUAUCUUGUUAUGUUUUAAAUACUAAUUUUAGUGUUUAUUGUAUUUAUAGACAAUAAUAAAAUUUA